GCCUACACACAUGAAAUCUUAUUACAAAACACAACGCACAAACAAGUCUAUGUGAUAAGAAGAGUGAGAGUGUUGACUUGCCAUGGAGCCGAUCACCAAGCAACAACCUCAAGCUAACACCAACAGAGCUUUACUUCUUUUCAAUUGUCUCAUUUUAUCCAUCGGAAACUGCGGCGGCCCUCUCAUCAUGCGCCUCUACUUCAUUCACGGCGGCAGCCGUGUAUGGCUUUCUAGCUGGCUCGAAACCGGCGGUUGGCCCAUUAUUUUUAUCCCUCUCCUCAUAAGUUACUUUCUCCGACGCCGCCGCUCCACCAAUCCCACCACCACCAAACUCUUCUUCAUAAAACCUCCGCUUUUCUUCGCUUCUACCUUCAUCGGUAUCCUCACCGGUCUCGACGACUAUAUUUACGCUUAUGGAGCGGCGCGUCUUCCCGUUUCAACCUCUUCUUUGCUCAUAUCUACACAGUUGGCCGCCACCGCUGGUUUUGCAUUUCUUUUGGUUAAACAGAAGUUUACAGCUUUUUCGAUAAACGCCGUCGUUCUCUUGACGGUGGGUGCCGGUGUUUUAGCCAUGCAUACGAGUAGUGAUCGACCGGAUCAUGAAUCAAACCGAGAGUAUGUGGUAGGGUUUAUUAUGACUCUAUCAGCUGCGGUUUUGUAUGGGUUUAUUCUGCCAUUAGUGGAGUUGAUGUACAAAAAAGCGAAGCAAGAAAUAAGUUACACACUAGUGUUGGAGAUUCAGAUGGUUAUGUGUUUGUUUGCUACUGUCUUUUGCACCAUAGGGAUGCUCGUUAACAAUGACUUCAAGGUGAUUCCAAGAGAAGGAAGAGAAUUCCAACUUGGAGAAACAAAGUAUUAUGUGAUAAUGGUGGGAAGUGCAAUAAUUUGGCAGUGUUUUUUCUUGGGAGCUAUAGGGGUUAUCUUUUGCGCCUCCUCCUUGUUAUCAGGCAUCAUAAUUGCUGUUCUCCUUCCGGUGACGGAGAUUCUGGCCGUCAUUUUCUACCAGGAGAAAUUUUCGGCAGAAAAAGGCGUUGCACUUGCGCUUUCUGCUUGGGGUUUUGUUUCUUACUUCUACGGUGAGGUCAAAGAAGGCAAGAAAAAUAAUCUUGCGUCAGAAACUGAAAUGGCUCUAUCUCCUAAGCCAACAACAGCAAAUGUCUGAAGACAUACAGAUUUUCUAAUACCUCUGUUGGAAAGUUGAAAUUUGGACAAAAUUAAUAGGUAUGUAAAAUUUAUAGUUCCAAUCUUUUAAUUGUGUGAUCAAAGUUAUAGUUUAUAUCUGGACAAUUUAAGUCCAAAUAAACAUUGUUUAUGAGCUUGUAUGCACCAACCUGUUGCUGAGCAAGGAAAUAGGUUUGUAAGCGCCGAUGUAUAUGAUUCUGGUAUUUAUGCUACAAAGAGCUUGACAAUCUGCCUUA